AUGGGGGUUGAAACUGAAAAUGGCGGUUCAGAAUCAGGGAUGAGGAGAAGAGGGUGUUCCUGCAGUAAGGACGAUUUUCUCCCUGAGGAAUCGUUCAGGAGCUGGGGCAACUACGUCAAUGCGCUGAUGCAGACUCCGGCGCGGCUGAGGGAUCGGAUGUUUAGCCGGUCCUCGGACCAGGUGGAGCUCGGCGCCAAGUCGCGUAGCCAGCACGAGAUGAAGAGGAACCUUAACUGGUGGGAUCUUAUUUGGUUUGGCAUGGGCGCCGUCAUCGGCGCCGGAGUUUUCGUCCUCACCGGCCAGGAGGCCAACCAACACGCCGGCCCAAAUGUCGUCCUCUCCUACGCCGUCUCCGGCCUCUCCGCCAUGCUUUCUGUCUUCUGCUAUACUGAGUUUGCCGUGGAGAUACCAGUUGCAGGUGGCUCAUUUGCCUAUCUAAGGAUUGAACUUGGCGACUUUGUGGCCUUCAUUGCUGCCGGAAACAUACUUCUUGAGUACGUGAUUGGCGGAGCCGCAGUUGCCCGUUCAUGGACUUACUACUUGGCCACUCUUUUCAACAAAGACCCUGAGAGUUUUCUCAUCAAGGCUAAUGGCCUGAAAGAAGGCUAUAAUCUCCUCGACCCAAUCGCUGUGGGAAUAUGUUUCGCCAUCUGCAUUAUCGCAAUCCUCAGCACAAAGGGCUCUUCACGUCUCAACUACAUCGCUUCCAUUAUUAACAUUGUUGUGAUUUUGUUCAUCAUCGUCUGUGGCCUCAUCAAAUCCGACCCCAAAAACUACACCCCCUUCGCGCCUAAAGGCGCUCGCGGCGUCUUCAAGGCAGCGGCGGUGUUGUUCUUUGCGUAUGUUGGGUUUGAUGCGGUUUCCACCAUGGCUGAGGAGACCAAGAACCCUGCAAGAGACAUUCCCAUUGGGUUAGUGGGCUCAAUGGUGAUCACGACCACGAUUUACUGCGUGAUGGCGGUGACUUUGUGUUUGAUGCAGCCGUAUAACAGUAUUGACGUGAAUGCGCCGUUUUCAGUUGCGUUCAAGGCGGUUGGGUGGUCUUGGGCCCAGUAUUUGGUUGCGUUGAAGGGGAUGACGUCAGUGUUGUUGGUGGGCGCCGUGGGACAGGCGCGAUAUCUGACCCACAUUUCGCGGACUCACAUGGUCCCACCGUGGUUUUCCUAUGUUGAUCCCAGGACGGGGACGCCCAUCAAUGCAACGGCGGUUAUGAUGUCGGCCACCGCCGUCAUCGCCUUCUUCACGAAUCUUAGCAUUCUGGCCGACCUCCUCUCCAUCUCGACGCUCUUCAUUUUCAUGCUCGUCGCGCUAGCCCUUCUCGUGCGUCGAUACUAUGUUUCGGGGGUGACCACGGUCGCGAACCGCAACAAACUCAUUGGGUUUCUACUACUCAUCUUAUCGUCUUCAAUCGCCACCGCUAGUUAUUGGGGCGCUAACACUAAUGAGUGGCUUGUCUACUGCGUUAUGGCGCCGGUGUGGUUCUUUUCGACAAUGGGGCUCUACUAUUUCGUUCCUCGCGCACGUGAGCCGACGCUUUGGGGUGUUCCGCUGGUGCCGUGGCUUCCGUCUUUGUCAAUUGCUGUAAAUAUCUUCCUUCUCGGUUCAAUAGGCAAAAACUCUUUCAAGAGAUUUGGACUGUGGAGCGUUGUUCUUCUGAUAUACUAUUUCUUCUUCGGCCUCCACGCCUCGUAUGACACCGCCAAAGAGCUGCAAGAAAAGGGUGCUACUGAGUUGCGAAAGAUUGAUUUAUGUAUAUGUAGUACGUGUUGUCUUCCAAGUUCCGACCCCUCCACAUUUUCCUUUUAG